CCUCUUCGCUUCGCGCAGGGGACGGGGACGGCGUGGCGGUGCCUGGCCCGGGCGUAGGCGAGAACCAGAGCGCGAGUGCGAGCGCGGCUGCUUGCAGACUGAGUGCGCCCGGCUGUCAUCAUGAGUGAUCAGGCUUUGAGCUUCCUCAAGGACUUCCUGGCAGGUGGCGUCGCCGCUGCCGUCUCCAAGACUGCGGUCGCCCCCAUCGAGAGGGUCAAACUGCUGCUGCAGGUCCAGCAUGCCAGCAAACAGAUCAGCGCUGAGAAGCAGUACAAAGGGAUCAUUGAUUGUGUGGUGAGGAUCCCCAGGGAGCAGGGCUUUCUCUCCUUCUGGAGGGGUAACCUGGCCAACGUGAUCCGGUACUUCCCCACCCAAGCUCUCAACUUCGCCUUCAAGGACAAGUACAAGCAGAUCUUCUUGGGGGGCGUGGAUCGGCAUAAGCAGUUCUGGCGCUACUUCGCUGGUAACCUGGCCUCCGGUGGGGCAGCUGGGGCCACCUCCCUCUGCUUUGUCUACCCGCUGGACUUUGCCAGGACCAGGUUGGCUGCCGACGUGGGCAAGGGUGCCGCCCAGCGUGAGUUCAGUGGUCUGGGCAACUGUCUCACCAAGAUCUUCAAGUCUGAUGGCCUGAGGGGUCUCUACCAGGGUUUCAAUGUCUCUGUGCAAGGCAUCAUUAUCUACAGAGCUGCCUACUUCGGAGUCUAUGAUACUGCCAAGGGGAUGUUGCCUGACCCCAAGAACGUGCACAUUAUCGUGAGCUGGAUGAUUGCCCAGAGCGUGACGGCGGUGGCCGGGCUGGUGUCCUACCCCUUUGACACUGUUCGUCGUAGGAUGAUGAUGCAGUCUGGCCGGAAAGGGGCUGACAUUAUGUACACGGGCACAGUUGACUGCUGGAGGAAGAUUGCAAAAGAUGAAGGACCCAAGGCUUUCUUCAAAGGUGCCUGGUCCAAUGUGUUGAGAGGCAUGGGUGGCGCUUUUGUAUUGGUGUUGUAUGAUGAGAUCAAAAAAUAUGUCUAAUGCAGUCGAAAAUCAAGUUCAUUGAUUCACAGGGGACUUGGAUCACCAGUUCACAGAUCCAUUUUGUGGUUUAAUAGACAAUUCUGGGGGGAAGUAAAAAGAUCUGAAAUACCAGACUGAAAGGAAUACCUCAGAAAAAAAAAUGCUUCAUUAAGUGUUCGUUGAACCACAAAUGUAUUUUGUAUUUAUUUUACAUUUGAAUCCCCACAGCAAAUAGAAAAUAACUUAUCAUACUUGUAUGAUUGUCUGAAGAAUUAAUAAUGAAGAAAUAACUGAAUGUAAAACAUCAAUAAAGAUCACUUAAUGCA